ACUACGGAGUACUAUUCAAUCUUCUUCCUCUCCUCUCUUGCUCACGCUCUCCUACCAAAAAAGUCAAAAAAUCAUCCAAAAUACAAAGAAAUCAGCCAUAAUCAGUCUGAAAAAUCCCAAAAAGAUGAGCCAGAGAAGUCUGGUGUUUCACAGAUCUAGGCCGAAACCACCUUCACCGUUCAUCAGCUAGAGGUCACGCUCUCUGCCGCCGCUCUAAAACUUACAUGUUGCUCUCCAGAUGGUGGCCAUCGUCGCCAGCAAACCUGAAGCUAUGGCUUACAUCAGGCAUGGCACGCAGCUCUUCUCUUCGUCGAAAGGUUGCCGGUCGCCCUUUGAAGCUUGUUCCCCACCUCUGCGCCAGCGCCGUCGGACAGAGCUCCCUCGAGUCGGGUGAGCUAGUUCAAGGUCUCCACCAUUAAUGGCUGCCAGGAACCCCCUGCUGACUCGACUUCGCCGCCGCUGCCGCUGCCGGAGCCCUAGCGAGCUUGCUCCGGUCAUCAUCUCUCUGCCGUUGGGUCCGCCUGAGGGAUGUGCCAGUCUCCGCCGGAAGGAGCUUCCCCCCUGCCACUGCCCGAGAGGACCUCACCGUCUUCAUUCCCCGCUGCUACUGCUCCAAUGGAUGGACAAACGGCUCAACCGGUCUUUGUACAUUUGAACCGGUGUGCUGCUCCUGCUUAGGAUCCUGGCCGCAUAUGGAGCCGAAGGUUCUGCCCACUUGCCAAACUUGAGGGCUGGCGAAGGCUUUGGCAGAAGGUUGACCAAUGGCUAGGUGAGAUUGGGGGAGGAGCUACCCAACAAGAAAUAAAGGCCCACACAGCCCAUUAUUCCGGCCCAAUUUCAACAUCACAGUCCAUUAUUCCAGUCCAAAUAAGAGCUAAGUCCAUUAUUCCAGUCCAAUACUCCUAUUUAUACAAAUAAAUUGUUACUAAAUUAAUUAAAUAUUAUUAUUGUAAUUAUUAUUACUAUUAUUAUUAUUAUUGCCACCACCAUUAUGGCGGCUCAAAUUCCCCCAAGGUGGUGAAGACCAUUAUGGCAGGUUAAAAUCCCCGAGGUUACUAAUAAUGCAAUAUUAUUGAUGUUAUUAUUAUUGUUAUCACCACCAUUUUUAGCGGGUUAAAAUCCCCAACCGGGUGCAACCUGAGCUUCAAUCUUCCGAACAUCUUUAUUUGAUGAUUUGGAUUAUAUAAACAAACUCCUCGACCUACUCCCGGUGACCCUUAUUUGAAAACCGGGGUGCAUCCAAAAGUCUCCAAAGUGGUACAAGCCGAGCCCCUCGAAUUACCCCCGUUCACCUUUAUUUGGCCACCUGGGCGCAAACUGGUGCAGGAAACGAGCUGGAGCAUCUCAAAACAAGGCCAGGGCUAAGCCCCCUCAGUAUAAGCCACGAGCGACCGGAGGAAAUAAACCCCUCGCAUCGGAGGAAACCACGGGCGACCGGGGGGGAUAAAUCCCUCGCAUCGGAGGAAACCACGGGCGACCGGGGGAUAAAUCCCUCGCAUCGGAAGAAACCACGGGCAACCGGGGGAAAUUAUCCCCUCGCACUGGAGGAAACCACGGGUGACCGGGGGAAAUUAUCCACUUGCACCGGAGUAAAUCACGGGCGACCGGGGGAAAUUAUCCCCUCGCACCGGAGGAAACCACGGGCGACCGGGGGAAAUUAUCCCCUCGCACCGGAAAUGAUCUCCUCAUUCCUCUCCCACUCAAAUUCUUCCCUCGCACAUUCAUUCCAAAAAUAGCCUCGACAAUCUAUAUUUAGUAGAUCUUCAUGAGGGAAAAUAAUUCUUAAUGGAUUAGGAUUCCAGGUAAUUUUAAAGGAAAUUCUUGUAAGAUUCUACUAACCGCUCAAUGGAUUAGAAUUUGAAAAUCAAAUACCUUUAACAAAGUUCUCUAGAAAUUUAGAAGCAAUCUUUAUGAAAUUUAUAUAUUGGACCCACAAACGAAGAUAAUAGUUUCAUCAGAAAAGCAAAGGUGAUGGUUCAUUCAAAAUAGAACCCAAAUUGAAGUAAUGCAGCUUUAAAGUCCUCUUACAUAAAAUACAAAAUAAUUAGUAAUAAUAGUAAUAAUAAUGAUAAACUAUUUUAAUUAUUUAUCUCGUUGAUGCAGUUCUGUCUUCAAAAUAUGAGCCAUUGGGAUAUCUUCAUCAAGUAGAGAGUGGCAUAUGCUUCUAACAGGAUGUUCCCAAUUCUCAAGACAUGGUUUUUUCAAGUCAUCUACAUCACGCAAUGUGCUUGGGUUUAAGAGUAGGUAUAGCAGUGCUCCAACAUAUACCAAUCAUGGCCGGAAAGACUGCAUCCCCCUUCCUAAGUCUAGGGUAUCGAAACGGUUCAGUUCCAAACCCCGUAGAUGGAUGUUCAAGAGAAAAGUACUUAUAAAUCACAUGUACAAAUUCGUUAACCGGGUUUGGAACUGAAUCGUUUCGAUACCUUAGACUUACGAAGGGAGAUGCAGUCAUUCCCGCCCAUGAUUGGUAUAGUGUUGCGGUAGUGCUAUACUUACUUUUAAACUCAAGCACAUUGGAUAUGUAGAUUACUUGAAAAAACUCUGUCUUGAGGAUUGAAAACAUCCGGUUAGAAGCAUAUGUCACUCUCUAUUUAAUGGAGAUAUUACAAUUGCUCAGAUUUUGAAGAUAGUGGACUGCAUCAACGAGGUAAGUAAUUGAGAUAGCUAUCAUUAUUAUUAUUACAAAAUAUUUUGUAUUUUAUGUAGGACUUUAAAGUUGUGUUACUUCAAUUCGGGUUCCAUUUUGAAUGAAUCAUCACCUUUUGUUUUUUUAUGACGCUACUAUCUUCGUUUGUGGUUCCGAUAUAUAAAUUUCUUAAAGAUUGUUUUUGAAUUUCUAGAGAACUUUGUUAAGGGUAUUUGAUUUUCAAAUUUCAAUCCAUUGUGCGGUUAAUGGAAUCUUUCAAAAAAAUCUCCUAAAAAUUACUUGGAAUCUCAGUUCAUUAAGAUUUUUGGAAUGGCUGGGGAAGGAUUUGAGUGGGAGUGGAAGGAGGAGAUCAAAGAGAAGACUCUCUCAAGUUGUUCGCGUAUUAUAGACUUAAAUAGUGGGAUACCUAUACAUCAUUAUAUGAAAUACAAUAUUGAGUGUGUUACUGUGGUCAGGUGCAUAGCCCGGGUCUCGAGAUGGAAAAUAUUUUUCAUUAAUUGUUUGCUUUAUUUAAAAAAUAUUUUUCAUUUCUUAUCGUGACAAAAAUUGUUCAAUGAUAUAUGUAUGUGUGUCUAUAUAUACUUAUGUUGUUUUUAAAUAUCAAUUAGGCAUGGAUACAGAGUUUUCUCGAAAAAACAAAGCCAAGCUUAGGAAAAAACGGGAAAGGAUGGAUGGCAGAUGUGAUGAAUUUCUAGAGAACUUGGAGAAAAAAGUUGUUAAAAUGUGGAAGGAAGGAGCGUAUGAGCCCUUGAGGGCCGUGAUUAAGGGACGAGACUGGGGUUUCCCUAUGUAUGAGAAGUAUAUGUAUGUUCUCACAGAAGGCGUCAUUAUGAUGGACUGUCAGAUUGGAAGGCGUGUGUUGCAAUUGCUUACGGAAGCAGCAUAUGUACAGCCUCCUCCCCGACCUGCUUUUGCACUCGACAUUAAGUCAUUGCGCUACCCAUAUAAUAACUUUGUAGACUUUGACAGUCUCUUAGCACAAUAGAGGGAAACGUUGAACUUCAACUGGGUGGACCAGUGACCCUCUUCUAUCAACUUGCAACUGACAAAUGGCUUAUGGGAAACGACUGUCGUGUCUCUUUGUACUCAUUUGUCUAUGAACGUGCACUCCACCUUUUAAAUUAUUGACUCGGGUUGCUGCAGGGCAAGCCGCUAGUUUGGAUCGUACGCUAUCGGCUUUUGCCGAGGAGCGUGGUUGGUUUUCGGCCAUACGUUUUAAGUUCAGAAUAGAGAAUUCGGAAGGGAAGGCGACAAAGGAGGCAUGUGAAGUUUCUGCUUCGGACCGGCAGUUUCGUAGUGUUUGGAUGGAAGAACCGAGGAGACGUAGUAGUGCACAGAGCGACAAAGGGCUGAUCAAGGGAGAAUACAGAUUGGCCGUUCCUCCACCUCCUGAACCGCGACCUUGGAUUGAUUGAGAAGUGAGGGUUUGGAAGAUGAUUUUUCAAGAGAACAGUCAGAAAGAAGUUUGGAAUAUUUGUAUUUAUACUAAAAUGGGGAUGGGAAAGCUGGACACGUGGCUGAAUCCGGUAGGCUGUGCCCCCUGCCACGUAGGAACCCAUGCCCCCACUUGCUGCUGUCAUGCUUUUGCAUUAAAUGCGGCCUCCACUUGCUGACUACCCGUUCGGGUAGGGCGUUCGGUGUGCGGGACCCUGUCAUGGAUGUAGGCGUAGUUGUUCCCUGAAAUGUUCCAAGUAGAAGAAAUGUGUCGAACGCCGAUCAGGUCCUGACUGCUUUGGGCCUGUGUCUUCUCCUGACUUCCUUGUAUUCUGGGCAGGGGGUAUUGGGCCUGGACCCAAUAUCCCAACAUGUACCAUUGGUGCUUCAUCCCAUUUUAUAAGCUUACACUUGAUAAGAAGUUCGCCAAGUGUGUUUCCUUGUUUUACGUUGCACGUAGAAUCUUCAUUGGGAUUAAUCGGGAUCUUGAAGCGAGAAUGCAGUUCUACCACCCGGCAGCAGAAGUGAUGCGAUACCACUUGAUGCAACAUUCAAUACAAUUUCCCCUUUUGAACGUAUAGCUGUAGAAAGAGUAUGCCAUACAAAAGUUUUCCCUGUUCCUCCAUACCCAUACACAAAGAAGACUCCACCACUAUCAGCAUCAAUAGCCUUGAUUAUAGUAUCAUAGACAACUCUUUGUUCAUUAGUCAAAUUACCCAGCAAAUUUGCAUGCUCCCCAACCAACUUUUUACGAUCAUACCGUAGCUCAUCGUACACCAAUCGAUUGCCGUUAUUUGAUAAGAAUCUACUAUCUGGAACCGGCAUGGUGUUAUAUUCAUCCAAACUCCUCCCGCAACUGCGCAACAAUUUUUGAAUUUCAAAGGAGUAAGGAGUAUUUGUUAUUGCCGCAUCGGCGCAGACAGGGGUCAUGGGUGGGACGUGAUGGGAUGCCAAAGAAGCAGCCUCGUCGCCAUCAAGCAGGCCUUCUCACGACACCGGAGGUGGCGUGGUGAUGCACUAUGCUUCACAGCGGGGGAUCGUAGCCCGGGUCUGCCACUGCCGGGGAUGGUGGAGAGGCCACAACAACCAAUUGGGUUUCCCACGGCCAUAGCAGGAUUUUGGUUUAAUUGCCGAAAAGGUGAAACCUUGUCCAAUUUUGUCUUUAAGAGGUGGGGUUGUCCAUGUGGCCCCAAAGGGUAUGCAUCUAUGGCUGCUGCGAAGCAGGUGCCUAGUUCUUCACACGAGGCUGACGGAGAAGAACAGGAUGGGGAAGAAGAUAUUGGAAACGAGCCGAAGAAGAAGACCAAUGUUGUUCCAGAGCACCUGGAAACGCUCUUCGCAGGUUGGGUUGAGCCUCUGCGGGUGGCCAUAGCCAAGGAGCAAGAGCUGUGCCUGCAGGGCGAGAAGAAGGCCUCAUAUGCCAGGUAUCUGGUCCAGUUGGAUGCCAAAACUAUUGCAGAGAUUACGCUCCGUGAGUUGAAGGUUGGGGUGAUUGUGGCACGUAGUCGCCCUUGUAGAUCAGUGCACCUUUAUUCCCUUGCUACCUCUAUCGGAUUUUGCAUAGAGAUGAAGGCAAGGAUACAAAGUUUUCUCAAAAAAACCAAAGCCAAGCUUAGGAAAAAACGAGAAAGGAUGGAUGGCAAAUGUGAUGAAGCUGAAGAGGAGCUGAAGAAGUUGGAGAAACAAGCUGUUAAAAUGUGGAAGGGAGGAGAGUAUCAGCCCUUGAGGGCCAUGAUCAAGGGACGAGACUGGGGUUUCCCUAUGAAUGAGAAGGUUGGAAGGCGUGCGUUGCAAUUGCUUACGGAAGCAGCAUAUGUACAGCCUCCUCCCCGACCUGCUUUUGCACUCGACAUUAAGUCAUUGCGCUACCCAUAUAAUAACGUUGUAAAGUUUGACAGUCUCUUAGCACAUUAGAGGGAAAGGUUGAACUUCAACUAGGUGGACCAGUGACCCUCUUAUAUCAUUUAGCAACUGGCAAAUGGCUUAUGGGAAACGACUGUCGUGUUUCUUUGUACUCAUUUGUGUAUCAACGCGCACUCCACCUUUUUAAUUAUUGACUCGGUAGAAGUUUCUGUGAACCCUUAUUUAACUCUAGUAUAAAACUAUAAAAUAUUUGCAAAUGUGUAAUGCUCAUGGAUUAUGAUUGAAAUGAAAAUUUGUUGUGGUACUCCGUAAUAUUUCUCGCAAUGCUUAUGCUUACUGUUCCCG